AUGUCAGAAGAUACAGGUUCAGGUGCUACAAGAGUUAAAUUAGUUGUUGUUGGUGAUGGUGCAGUUGGUAAAACUUGUCUUUUAAUUUGUUAUGCUCAAAAUGAUUUCCCAGUAGAUUAUGUACCAACCGUCUUUGAAAAUUAUACAGCUACCAGAAAGAGAGGAAAUGAAGAUAUUAAAGUACACUUAUGGGAUACUGCAGGUCAAGAAGAAUACGACAGACUUCGUCCAUUAUCAUAUCCAGGUGCUGAUGUUGUUCUCCUUUGUUUUAGUACUAUCAGUCAAUCAUCAUAUGAAGCCAUUAGAGAUAAAUGGGCACCAGAAGUUAACCAUUAUAUUCCAGAUGUACCAUCAAUUCUUGUUGGUACCAAAAUUGAUUUACGUGAACAACAACAUCCAGAUCCAAACUCUGGUAAAUUUGAACCAGUUACUCACGAUAUGGGUGUUUCAAUGCAAAAACAAAUCAAAGCUAAGAAAUAUUUAGAAGUUUCAGCUAAAACUCGUGAAGGUUUAGAAGAAGUUUUCAACUCUGCAAUUGAAAUUGUACUUGAAUCAAGAGGUAUGGAUAAAAAGAGUACAGAUGGUACUUCAAACACCACCAGCGUUCCAGACAAAAAAGAUAAAAAGAAAGAUAAAAAGAAAAAUGGUUGUAUUAUACUUUAAAAAAACAAAACAAAACAAAAAAAUAUUUAUAAAUUAUUAUAGUCAUCAAUAAUAAUAUAAAAAAAAAAAAACAAAAAAUUAAAAACCUUUCAAUAAUAUAAUUUAAAACAAAUAUAAAUAACAUAUAGUAAUAUAUAUU